GUCAAAAAUAUCGUAUAAAUAGCCGGUGGACUUAAUGAAAAUUAUCAUUCGGUUGGAUAAGACGAUCAUAAUGCGUUCUCUACUGGUUUUGUCUUUGGCGUUUGCCGUGGCCCUGGCAGCUGACGAAUUUGUGAGCACAACCGUUCAACCGGUUAGCCGUGCCACAGCUUCAGCCUCCGCGACUACCUUCAAUCCUUACAACUACUACACCAACCGGUACAACCCCAUCGUGCCAGCACCAGUCAACCCAGUGUUCGGUCGCUACCAGCCACAAUACAGGCCAGGACAAUACCAACCAGGACAAUACAACCCUGGACAGUACAACCCAGGCCAAUACGACGCCGGUCGCUACACCGCAGGCAAAUACGACAACUCUGGAAAAUACGUGCCAGACAACUCUGGUGCUUACAAUGGUGACCGCGGUGACCGUGGAGCAUCUGGUGGGUUCUACAACCCUUCCGCUGACAACAGUGGCGCUUACAAACCCGAGAUUGUCCCAGUUGCUAGCGUUUCAAGUGCACCCGUCACAGCCACAUCAGCUCCAGUGACCACCGCUGUCCCAGUUACCACUCUUGCCCCAGUGACUGACGCCGCUCCAGAGACCACAGCUGCCCCAGUUACAACCGCUGCUCCAGUUACCACCGCCGCUCCAGUACCCACUUUUGCCCCAAUCUACGUCAACCCCACCUUCCAGCCCAUCUACAAGCCAUACGUGCCACCAUCUCCAUCCCCAGUAGCUCCAGUUGUAUCCAAGGUUAUCACCAACCAAUACCAACCCAACCAAUACGAUUACAACUUCGGCAUCGUCCGUCAGGAAACAGAUGUCCUCCCCGACGGCUACCACUACCUCUAUGAGACUCAAAACGGAAUCCUUGCUGAGGAAGACGGUCGUUUGGAGACAAUCAACGACUUCCAAGGAAUCAGAGCCAAGGGUUUCUACGAAUUUGUUGCCCCAGAUGGUAUCAAAUACAGAGUAGACUACAUCGCUGAUGAAAAUGGUUUCCAACCAUCUGGCGCUCAUUUGCCCCAGUAAAUCUAGUUAUAACUGAUAUUUAAUAACCUUGUAGAUAGAACAAACUAACAUGAGCAUUUGUGAUAUGUAUAAUAUAUGUUAAAAUGCUUAAAAAAGUCUUUUCUUAAUAUUUAUUUCUUAAAAUUAAUUAUGAACAUGUAACAAAAAAUUGCAAUACUAAGAUAGUGGUAAGUGUACGUCUUGAUAUAAAAAUAUCAACAUAAAAUGAAAGAGACAACAUAAAAAUAAUUAAAGAAAAACACAAAAUUUUAAAACGCUUUAAAAAAUAUCAUAAUCCAAUUUUCCAAGAUGUCGCAAAAGGUGCGGGACCAAACAAUAUACCACCGGUAUUUAUAUAAAGUAAUGCAAUUAGCAUAUUUUUGCCAUUACUUUUACUUACUUAAUUUGGGUACUUUUCCGGCUUUAUGGAAACAAGCAAAAGCUGUUACAAUAUAUAUGAGUGAUGCCAAGAAGGAUAUACGCAACUAUAUGCCUAUAUCGAUUCUUUUGGUUUGAAUCUAUAGUUUGUCCGAUAAUUCAAACGCACGUUUCGUUUCUGACUAUCAACAUGGAUUUUUUUCUGGUAGGGUUACCACCACUAAUUUGGUUUGUUUUACUUCUUCAUUAUCAGAAGCAUUAAUGACUUGCAGAAGCAGGACUUGAUACCGUAUAUACCGAUUUAAAUAAGGCAUUUGAUAAAGUUCCACACGGAACAUUAAUUGGAAUAUUAUCGUUAAUAUGGAUUUUCAGUCCCAGUGCUGAAAUGGCUUUCAUUAUGCUUACAUGAUCGUUCUUUUUAUGUUUUCAUGAAUGGUUUUAGCUCCUCAACGAAUUUGGUACGUCAGGUACACCUUACAGGGUUCACAUCUUGGCCCGAAUUUGUAUAAUAUAUUUCUUAACGAUA